GAGAAGUUGUGGGAUAAAGUCCUCGGACGAUACCACAGAGCUGUGCAGAGCCUUGUGGUGGGCAUUCUGCAGGAGUCUCAGUAUGCAGUGGAGAAACUAGUUCAUGCUAUUUCCCACAUGAGGACCCCAGAGAGUGCCAAAACUGCAGCACUAGCUGUCCAAAAAGUGGUUUUGAUGGUGGAAUGCCUCACUGUACUGUUUAAAGACGUGAAGGAUAUUCUUCUACUUGGACAGCUGCUAAGGAUGCCAGAAGAAACUCUGGCUGCUAUUGACAGCUACUAUGAAGAAGAUUGUCAUAAGAUGAGCCACAUGUUGUCACUGUGGCUGAUGGAGGAUCAUGAGGAUCCAGUACUCCUCUCAGAGAUGCCCUCAAUUCUCUGGGGAAAGAAGAAGUCUCUCAGACUCUUGUGCUACACCCAUGCAGAGGAUGUCACAAACACACUGUCCGCCAGUGUUGAUAUAAAAGCAGAUGACUUUCCUUGGAAAGGUCAUCUCAUGACUCUGUCCAAUCUGAUGCGAGUAUUCAAGAAGGUCAUAUGCCUAGACAGGGUAUCUAAUGCCUUUGGCAUGUCUCCUGAAGCAAUGGGGGGUGAUGAGGUAGAAAGACUUGGAAAGGUUUCCAACUUCUUCCUGGAGAAAAAGCUGACGUGGAAGCACCUGAGAAAGUUGCUGAUCAGACAUAAUGAAAUGCAAGCAGUAAAGUUUGUCGACCUGAUGGAACAGUAUGUUCGUGAAGAUGCUCCUCUGACUGCAGUCUUGGCUCAUGAAGUAUUGAAGAAAGUUGAAAAUUUUAGCCAAUUUUGCAAGCACCUAUGCAUUGCCAGAAGGGAAACUGUUAUAAAAACAAUACAGUUCUAUGUAGAAGAGCCAUACUUUGAACCGUCUUGGAAAAAGAUAGCUCUGGGUCUAUAUCACUCAUAUGAAGACAGAUCCAUUGACUCCCUAUUUCACUACAUGAAGUCUCCUCCUGAAGUGACUCUGACAGUGGCUAAUGUGAAGAACUGUUUGGAGGACUCAGUUCCCAGACACAUGUUCCCUACUCUGGAGAGGGAGCUGGGAGUCCCACAUCGACACACAAGAGAAGACAGCCACCCUCUCACGGGAAUGAAACUCUGGCUGCUCUCUAACCCAACUGCCUCCUGGCAGAAAUUUGCCAUAGCUCUUUACUCCUCCACUCUAGAUGGAGCACUGCGGAGAUUGAAGGAACUGAAACUACUCUCUGCUCAAGAUUCAAGUUUUACAAUGGCCAAUGUCCUGUCAAUGACAGAAGGUGUACAGGAUCAUGAGGGUCUCGGAGUGCUGCUGGGAAUUCGUGACCCACAAACCAAGUUUCACAAAAUUAGACAGUUACAUAAGAGCAUAAAAGAGCAAAAAGAAGCCAUACUUCACCUGUGGUACACAACACAUCCUCUUGCAUCGUGGAGUCUACUGCAUCAGGCCCUCAAUAUGAUAGGAGACAUCAAAGCAGCCAAGACUGUACAAGAGAAGUUCCUAGGAGGUAUGUUAUUAACUCUCGGCCUGCAUGUGCAGUGAGGGUUACGUCAUCGUUGUUCUGUGUGUCAGGAUGUUUGUUAGUCCUUUCUAGCGAUACGAACAGACUUGAGACUUCAUUUGAAACUGGAGAUUUUCGUUAAGGUACUUAUGGCAUGAAAAUGUAGGUGGACAAGCCAAUGGCUUAUAUCAGCUGCAUUCUGCCAGCAUUCUUUACUGAGCAUUAACAGCGGAGGACGAGAUCGAGUCCAGCAAUGCCUAAUACACUAUCACCUCAACAAUCUAGAGCAUGAAUCAACAGCUUGACCCAAUCAAUCAAUUAUGGACUUACGCAUGCAUAUUGGUGUUUCAGUGCAUAUUAUAGUAGUUUUCACUUGCGCUUGUUUUUAGUGCGCAGAGGGCUUGGGCUUUAGUUCUAAGUAACUCGGUAUAUUGUACUCUUGCAUAGUACUAUAUAGUCGGUGAAUGAAUGGCAUUUUUGGCGAGCGGGAGCGAGCACAAAAUGACUAUUUCAGCCAUCCUAUUUACAACUUGCACCUGGGAACCAGAAGAGGUAUAUAAAGCCUUGGUCAGGCACUGAAGAGUGCAGCGAAUACAGGAUAAUGGACGAGGAUCUAGGCAGCGUGUAAAUAAUAUUGAAACUCAUUUCUGACAAAAAUGAAAGGCACUAAAGUGUAAACCCUCGGCUAACUGUGCAUGCGCGAUACCACUAAUUAAUGGGUUGGGCUUUUUAUGCCUUUACUCGUGGUGUCCUGCUAAUGGCUCGGUGGAGAGUCUGGCACGGUCUAGCUACAGUAGUAGAUAGCGUGCGGGAGUCGAUACAUGUCCUUCGUUGUGACUUUUUGUGCCUUCAAGAUACACGCGGUCGAGGUAAACCUGUGCUAAUUUGCAUUCGCCAGUGUUUUAUGCUGUGAAAAGAAGCCAAUAUGCAUAUUACCACUGGCUUACCUUGACUAGAUUCCCCCAGCGUUAGGCACUGUGGAGGCAUCAAAAGUUACGAUGGAAGAUGAGUAUUAAUAGUACCGCAAUGCCUAAAACUCUAUCACCUAUCAGACUCUCAACGAGCUAGGAAGAAACCAUGCAUGAAUCAACACAUGCCCCAGUCAAUC